AUGGCUGGCGACAGACGUCAUUACUUGAAUGGCUUCGCUGACAUCGACUAUGGCGACAAUUUUGAAGAUUUCGGUGAGCCACACGACAUGGCCUUUAGACGCCGGCCUCCAUUCGUUCCGGGGCCUGGUGGAAGACAAAGCAUCAUCAUUGUACACUCAAGAGUCGGACAAUUGAGGAGACGAUAUAGUGUCGACCAAGAAGUCCUGUUCAAUCUCCUACCCAGGGUCCGGGGGGCAACGAGACGCGGAGCGCUGGAAUUAAGCACCUUCUUUCGCGAGCCAUACUUGGAAAAUCAUCCAGAGGAUUUGAUGAACUGGGCUCUCGACUUUGUGUUCCAGCACCUUUCGGAAUUCACCAGACUUGAAGCGAUGGACAUGUUCAGCGUUGCUGUGCAGGACAUUGAAAAUGACCCAGUCCGCGGUCGUGCAGUCAACGAAUGGGCAGCCCAAAUGCAUGCUCUGUGCAUCGUGCUCAGCAAUGGUCGAGGGCUAGGAUGCUCAGAAGACCUUUUCGGCAGAAUUCUCGAUUUUUUCGAAUUUCUCAUCCAAGAAGUUCAUAACAUUUUGGGAUGGAAUCAGGUGGCGGUUCUCUUUGAGGCUUUUGCAAACAUCGCCCGGACACGCCGAGGGGAUCAGGUGCAGCAGAUUCGAAGGAUCUGGAACAGAUUCGACCCAGAGGUUCAGCAGCAGAUACUGUCUGACAUUAGGAGGGCACUGCCUGUCGAGGGCAUGGAUGAGAUGGCGCACCGCAUGUAUCGAAUCUUGGGGUAUUAG